AUGGUUCCCGGGUGGACGCGGAAAUGGGAUGUGCGCAGCGUGGGACCUCGGCUCGUGGAACUCGUGGCUCUCUCGUCGAUAUUGGCAGCUGCAGACUCGGUGGUAACGAGCAAUCACACCGGCCUAUGCCGACUCGAGACGGGGACGUUCCUACCGCAAGACGUGUUUACUCGGGUGACAGCCGCACGUUGUUACCGAUACAUGCAUAAAAAAUCGUUCAUACCCGGAACUAGACUCAAUGUCUGCGGGGAUCGGCUGUGCGAUGGGCCCUGCGAUCAGAACUCGACGUUCUGCUACGAGCAUCGAAGGACAGAUCCCAAGGUCAUCUCGAAUGCUAGUCUUCUUGUCUAUAGUACGUUUGCCAACGAGUACAACGCGGUCAAAUGGGAGGGCUGCACCAUGGAGGCAGAGAAGUGCUGCAUCGAUCAGCUGGCCACGAGCGCCAAGAACAAUCCCGGUAAACGUCUCGUCCAGUGCAUUGAUCAUCAUCCGCAUCGCGUAUUUUUCUCAAUGUCGUCACAUUUUCCAGCUAUGGCGAGGGAAGGCCUCUUCUGCCCGGCUACGUGGGAUGGCUGGUCUUGUUGGAGGGACACCCCGGCGGGAGAGACAGUCUCCCAGCUCUGUCACGACCAUGUUUAUCAGUUCACGGAGAAACCUUUCUGUAGAAAAACAUCCCAUAAGAUUUGCAAAGCUGAUGGGACUUGGCAGAGGAAACACGAGCGCGAAUACACAUUUUAUAACUGUGGAACAGCAGAGGACCGUCAUCUCGAAGUGUACCUCAGCAUCUACCUGCAUUCACUGUCGGCAGUGCUUCUACUUCCGACCCUUGUUAUUUUUUCAAUAUACAAGCAACUCCGCGUAAUCCGGAUCCUGUUGCAUAAGAAUGUCUGCAUCUCACUGUUGCUGCACGGGCUCGCCACUAUAGCCAAGGACUAUAUUUUCACAAUGUCAAGGGUUUCAAAGACUGAUCCUGAUCCACUGGAUCCGUCCUCUACUCUCUGGCUGUGCCGUUCGUUGACUUUAAUCAUCAAAUAUCUCAGGAUGUGUCAAUACGCUUGGAUGUUCUGCGAGGGUUUCUACCUCCACAAAAUUCUCGUAACCGCCUUCAAGGAGCAGAAAUCCAUGCUGCCAUUCUACGCGUUCGGUUGGGUUAUGCCGGCCUUCUUCCUCAUCAUCUACGGCUCAAUGAUCUACAGCGGGAACGAAACUUUAGACUGCGAAGUCACCGGCGGAUGGCUGGAAUGGGUUCACAUGGCACCGAGUCUUCUAUGUUUGGUGUGUAACUUCUUCUUCUUGACUAACAUUAUGCGCGUACUCGUGUCGAAGCUGCGCAGCUCUCACGGUCAAGAGCCCAUACAAUUCCGGAAAGCCGCGCGUGCAGUCAUGAUCCUAUUCCCGCUGUUCGGAAUGCAUUUUCUGCUCGGAUUGUACCGAGUCCCUGACUAUUGCGGGGGACUCACUUUCUAUGCCUACAUCAGCAAGGCGUCAGACGGUCUUCAGGGUACUUUCGUCGCAUUCCUUUUCUGCUAUCUAAACGGAGAGGUGCACCACCUACUGAAACGUUCAUAUGGCCGAUACGCUCUACGCCGCGGUAUCAACGGGGGUCGCGGAGCUCGCCUCGCCGCCAGGAUGUCCUUCUCUACGCACGUAUCUUCCGUCGCCGAGUCCAAUGUCCGAUGCUGUGACGUCACCAAACCACUUACCCAAUCCCCUAUAAUUCACGACACUCACUGCUAA